CAAAAAACAACAAUAACAACAACAACAAUACCCGUAGCUUGAGAGAAAGAGAGAGAUGCAUCUUGUGGAUAUGGAUAUGGAUAUGGAUAUCGGUAUGGAUAUCGGUAUGGUUAAACGAUCGAUGCGACUAUAUAGUACGGUGUUCCAGUGAUUCGUGUGUGUGUGCGUGCGAUCGAUCGAUCGAGUGGUCAGCGGUGUAUUUUUUGUUGCUCGGUGAUCCGAUCCGAACCGAUCCGAUCCGUUCGAUUCCGAGUUCCCGAAACGCCAGAGAUUUACCGAGAAUAUUCGCGUUAAUUGAGCUGUACUUACAGCUGUAGUACAAAUUUGCAUAACCAGGAGAGCGACAGAGCGAGAGAGGAGGACAUCCAGAAGCGGGAAGGGAAGAGCAGAGGAGAACAGAGGAGCAGAGCAGAGCAAGCCAUAAACAAAUCUCGCUUGAGCGUCUUGGUUCACUGAUUUAAUGCCACAAACAGAUUGCAGAUUGUAACCUGCAGCCGCGCCCCGUGCACCACUCCAGCCGCCAGCCGCCAGCCACCAGCCACCAGCCACCAGCACCGACUUCAGCCACCACCUUCCACCUCCACCUCCACCUCGAACUCCUGCAAGAGCCGCUGCUGCCACUGCCACUGCCGCUUGGUCAACCUGCUUGGUGGAAGCUUGUUUCUGCGGAAGAGCAGCCGCCGCGCCGGUGGAGCGCCAGACCCGGCACAAAAAAAAGGAGGAGAGCAAAAGGAAAAAAAAAAACAAAAACACACACAGAAUAAAGUACAACAACUUUGCUGUUGUCGUCGUCGUCGUCGUCGUCGUCGUCGCUGCGUCUUGGCCAACGUCUUCGUCUUUGGCCGAAAGAAUUUUCUUAAAAACAACAAAAGCAAAAAGCAAAAAGCAAAAACAACGCGCUAAGAUUUACAACGCGCGGAACCCAAACACAAACCCAAACCCAAAGCCAGAGCCAAAGCCAGAGCCAGCAAAAAGUGUAAAAGGCAAGCAAAUGCAGCAGAAGGAAAAAAAUUAGCGCAUACUGAAGUGUAUCUCUCUCUCUGUGUCUGUGUGUGUGUGUGUGCGCGUGUGUGUGUGUGUAGUAUUUUUUUUUUUUUUUUUUUUUUUUUACAACUAAAAGAAAAAGUUUGAAAAGUGUCAAGCGCGGAAAGCGCGGCGCGGCACGGAACGGAGCGGCACGGCACUCGACUCGACUCGACUCGACUCGACUCGACUCGACUCUCUCUCUCCUCGCCUAUUCGGUUCGGCCAAUAACCCAACGACAUUUUGUGGCAGGCAUGCAAUGCGGCGAGGCGACCCCAACGGGCCAGCCUGCGAGUUAAUUACCGUUAUCCUUGCACAGCAACAACAACACAAGCAACAACUAAACGGUACUCAAGUUGGGGACUACGAUUACGCCCCGCUGUCGCCCCGCUGUGUGAAAGGACAACCACAGCGACAACCACAGCGACAUCGCCAUCGCCAUAGCCAUAGCCAUCGCCAUCCGCAUCCCCAGCCGCAUCUCCAGCCAUCCACCAUCCCAUACGCAGACCAAGACAAGGCCAAGUCGUCGUCAAGCAAACAUUCCAAUCGGAAACGGGCUAAUUGGCACACUGCGUAUCUCAAAACGAGCUAUAGUUUUUUCGCCGGAUAAGAGCCGGAGGGAGAAUCCAGUGGCCGUUCAUCAUGCGCUAAACGGAGCAGCGAAAGGACAACGGCGAUAACCGAGCAGAGGAACGAAGGAACGAGCGAACGAAGGAAGGAAGGAAGGAAGAACCAGUCAAAGGACACACCAGAAGAGCAGCAGCCGCCCCCGCCCCCCUCCGCUUCCCGCACCACCCACCACCCACGGAAAGAUGCCAUCCAUAGCCAACAGCAGCAGCAACUUCCUGACUGCCAACGAUGCGCGUCUCAGUUACGUUGUAGAUCAUGUGGCAUCCUCAACGGCAUCCUCAUCCGCAUCCUUAACCACAUCCGGAUCCGCCUCCGCCCUCGAUGCUGCCUCUACCUCCGCCUCCGCCUCCGCCUCCGCCUCCGCCUUUCCCCCAUUCAGUCCACCGCGGAUUGAGAGUCUGGUGGCCAGCUCUGCGGAGCAGGACUUGAGCAGCUUCGGUGACGUGACAUUCGACAUCUUCGACGACGAUGACGAUUUGUUCGGCUCACCGAUGGCCUUCGAUGCCACCGAGCAGGGCCUGUGGAACGGCCGCUUUGUGCCGCCGCCGCCGCGUCCCCCCUUCUUCGUCGACGAGCCGGUGCUGAGCGAUGGCCUAACGACGUGUGAUCUAUGCUCCUGGGCCAUGCCCACGAAGAACACCUUCAUGUUCGAGGGUACGAUAGAAAAGGCCACAGAACUGGGCUGGCCGCUGACGCUGAUCAUUGUGUCGGUGCUGUCGGCGCUGCUAGGCGCCAUCAUCAUGAUUGCUGUGGUGCGAUGUCGCCGCAAAAAGUCCUCCAACAAUCGGAAUGACACGCACGUGCAGUGGUGGUCCCGGAACAAGCGCGCCCACGGCAAUAGCCUCAGUGGAGCGGGCGGCGGCAGUGGUGGGGCCGGUGCCAAUGCCGGGAGCAGCGCCAACCUCCACCACCACCCCCACAAUGGGAGCAACAAUAACAUCAGCAACAACAACAACCAUUUGCGGCGAAGCAACAUCUAUACGGCACACCCGGCUGACAGCAUACGAUGCCCGUUGCCGCUGCCACUGCCGCUGCCACUGCCACUGCCACUGCCACCAUCCUCGUCAUCGCCCACGCUGGGGGGCACAGUCAUGGCCAUGACCAUGUCCCCAUCAUCAUCAUCCACAGCAGCAGCGGCGGCGGCAGCGGCAGCAGGAGCGAAUGGAGCAGCAGCCAGCGCGCCUCCGGGCCAGCACUACUUCCAUCCAUAUCACCAGCAGCAUCAGCAUCAUCCGCAUGCACAUCCACAGCAUCCACAGCAUCCCCAUCAUCAGCUCCAGCUGCAGCAUCAGCAUCAGCUCCACUCGCAUGCACAUCAUCCGCAUCAUCAGCAGCAGCAGCAGCAGUCGUUGCAGCAGCAGUCGUUGCAUCAUCAUUUGCCGCUCUACCCGCAUGACUGUGACGAGGACGCCGCCUACGAGGAGCCCGAGUACCAUCAGCCCCAGCAGCUGCGCUCGGCCCACAGCUGCUCCUCCAUAUCGUCGGCCUCGCUUUCGGUUUCGGUCUCGGCCCCCUCCUCGCCAGUCCCCACCGAGGCCUCCUCCUCCGCCGGACUGGCGGCAGCGGCAGCCAUUGCCGCUUGCCACUGGCCGCAGGCCACUGCCAGCACGAUGGUGAUUGCCAGCUGAGAGUCGGUCGACGGCUGCUCCUGGACGGUGCAGCCACAGGAGGCGCCAGGAGGCACCAGCAACAGCACCAGCACCAGCAACUGGAUCUGGCAGUGACAUGUUGCCCCGCAACAACAUUUCAGCGCUGGCGGUGGCAAUGCUGCUGCUCAAGAUGCUUAAGAUGCGGCGCACAUAUUCUGGUGCAGAUCAUAAAAAGGAUUACACGUAACAAUUUUGUCAAGUCCAUAAGCAUCUAAAGGAUACACUACCGAAAGCUGUAUCUCUCGUGUCCCUCUGUGUGUGUGCGUGUGUGUGUCCCUCUGUGUCUCUGUGUGUAUGUGUGUGUGUGUGUGUGUCUCCCAAUUGGGAAAACCGAAACGAAUUUAGUGUCACUUCCGUUUCCGUUUUGCAAACUAUCGAACCAGACAGUCAGACAGUCAGCCAGGCAGCCCAGGAGGCAGACAUUUCGGUUUGUGGUAUGUGUGGCACCGCCAGCAUGAGAAGGAUCCAAAGCAGGAUGCUCUACCCCUCGCUCGCUCUUUACAUGCCAUGCACGUUUCAUCCUUUAUUGCCGUUCGGCAUUAGAACAGGGAUUUUGUCAGAUUAAAGCAAAUAAAGGGCGUGUGGCCUCUGUUUGCACCCGACAUUCGCAUUCGAACUGGCGAUGGAUGCCACAAGUUUAAAUCGUUGUGCGUCCUGUGGGAGGGGGAGGUGGAGGGGCUUGGCUUGUGCGGCAGGGUAUGCCGGCUCUACUGCCAGAUGCUGCAAAUAGGAUAUAAAAUACGACCCGUAGAGGGUAAGCCUCAGUCGAGUUGCUCAAUGGGACGUUUCCUACUCGUUGUUUUUUUUUUUUUUUCGGGACUUAAGCUGUUACACGAGUGUCUGUGUGUGCGUGUGUGUGUGUGUGUGUGUGUGUGUGUGUUUUGUGGUGUAGCCUCUCGGGACGGGGAUCUAUGUAUCCGCUGGAACCCGCCCCCGCCCCCCGCCCCCCCGACAACUUUGUGGCUUUUCACUUCAUUCCAAAUGACAUGAGCAAAUAGAUUCCACCACUAACAAGAAACAGAAUCAUUAAAAACAGUGUAAAUACCGAAAAAGGCACAAGGCAAAGGAAGGCCAGAGAAAGUCCAGCCGAAAGGUACUAAAGAAUUAGAGAGAAAAAAACGGAAAUACUCGCAUGAAUACGGAUACCCACAAAAUCAAGCAUUUAAUAGGCAUUUCUGCAUUUGCAUUUGCAUUUUUUAAACGAAAACAAAUAAAUAUAUAUAGACAAGCAUAUCAGAUUUAAACACAAACUAAAAAAAAUACAAAUUAAAGCCCCGCAUAAAACGUACUUAAACAAUCAUCAAAACUAAAACUACCAACAAAUAGAAGGAAAGAUAAACAAAACAAAAAACAAACAAAAACAACAACUAUUGUACAUAGAAUUUGUUGCUCCAAUUAGCAAUUAACUAAGAGAGCAUUCAGCCGCAAGUUUCUACGACUAAAUAUCGCAUUAAUCGACAAAAGCAUUCCUCUCUCUCGCUCUCCCUCUCCCUCUCUCUCUCUUUAAAGGUUAAAGUUUAGAAUUUUUUUUUUUUUUUUUAUACACUAAGCAAUUUACUAAUUUAAAAACUAGACAACAGCAAAAAACAAAAACAAAAGGAAAAACAAAAAAAAAUGAGAAUAAACCAACCAAAGACUAGUCAUUUAAGUGGAAAUGUUGCUAUGUACAAAAAAAAGAAGAUAAAUAUGAAUAGUAGUAGUGUCCCCCCCCCCCCCCCCCCCACCCUCCGACAGGGGGACGGGGGGGAAUAGUAUAGCGAGUUCAUUAAUUCGAUUUAUGGAAUGCAUUCCAAUCGGGAUCGGGGGAGGGAGGGGCAUUUAUUAGUUUUACGAAAUGAAAGAACAACUGCAAUAUUGUAUUUUAAAUAUUUAUUCAUUAAAUGUGCACACACGGCCCCCUUCUCCAUCCCCUUCUCCCCCCCUCAUCUACCUUUCUUCCCUGCCACAAAAUAACAAUAAUCGUAAUUAGCAUUUAUAAUGGGAAAAAAAAAACAAAACGAAAAUGAAUAAAAAAUGAGCAAAAAAACAUACAAAAAUAUACACAUACACAUACACAUAUACAUAUACAUAUGCAUACGUAUGUAUGUACUACUACGAGCAACUCAAAAUGUUCCAAAAAAUGUUUAGAAUAGAUGAAGCCAACUAAUUACGCGGAAAAGCAAAUAUUGUACAUCCAGUUCAUAGUUUUCGCUAAAAAAA